CAUUUCCCUCACUUGACAUGGCGGCCGUGGCAGGACGUAUGAUAGUGGGUGGCUCUGUUUGGCGCGUGGUGGGGAGGACCGGAAAACCGUUGCUGGGAUCCAAGGCACCAAGGCUAAUCUGCACUAGUUCUGCAGCAGCGCAGAGGAAAAAUAUAGCAGCUUCGGGACCCGAGAAGUACACAGAAGCUUUUAUUAAAAAACAGAUUGAAGAGUUCAACAUAGGAAAGAGACAUUUAGCCAACAUGAUGGGAGAAGAUCCAGAAACUUUUACCCAAGAGGAUAUUGAUAAAGCUAUCACCUACCUCUUUCCAUCUGGUUUGUUUGAGAAAAGGGCCAGACCUAUAAUGAAGCAUCCCACUGAAAUAUUUCCAAAACAAAGAGCAAUCCAGUGGGAUGAAGAUGGUCGUCCAUUUCAUUUUCUUUUUUACACUGGCAAGCAAUCUUAUUAUUCACUAAUGCACGAAAUGUAUGGUAAAUUACUGCGUAUUCAGGCACACCAAGAUCAAAUGUGUGCUCAAGGAGUAGUUCCAGAGAUCAAAGACCACUUCAACCUGAUUGGCAGCAGAUGGCUGAUUAAGGAGGAAUUGGAAGAAAUGCUAGUAGAAAAACUGUCAGAUCAAGAUUAUUUUCGCUGUAUUAAACUGCUGGAAAGAUUAGCGACAUUGCCAUGCUAUGGCAUCGAAGCAGAUUAUGUGCUGAAAUUCCGCAAGCAAUUACCUGUGCAAUCUGAAAAACAGGUAAUUGAACCCUUGAAAUAUGAUGAACGAGGAGUGGCCUUCAGCACUGGAGAAGGCCGUCGAAAGACAGCCAGAGCAACUGUUACCCUUUAUGACAGGGGAAGUGGAAAAAUUACCAUAAAUGGAGAUAAUUAUGUGUUUUUCUUCCCUGUGUUGCAGGACAGAGAGCAGCUGAUGUUCCCAUUUCAGUUUGUUGAUCGGCUGGGGAAACACGACAUGGUCUGCUCUGUCUCCGAGAGUGGGAGAUCAGCACAAGCUGGCGCAAUCCGCUUAGCGACUGCAAGAGCAUUAUGUAGUUUUGUUACAGAAGACGAAGUGGAGUGCAUGAGGCAAGCUGGUCUCCUGACGGUGGAUCCACGGGUGAGAGAACGAAAGAAGCCUGGACAAGAGGGAGCCCGCAGAAAGUUUACCUGGAAAAAGCGCUAGAUUUUGAAGUUUGAAUUGUUACAUAUAUGUUGUAUUUAUAUUAUAAUAAAAUGGGUUUUUUUCCGUUGUAUUCAACCUGUGGAUCAGUCACCAAGCAAAACGCCUACUAAUCAGUUGGCAAUAGACUUGCUGUUGACGAAAUGGCUUUUCUACCAAGUAGGAAAAGGAUAAAAGCAAUAGGAACUAACACUAGUAAAGGCCAGGGAGGCAGCUGCACACGGAAGGUGUUAAGAAACUGGCAGCAGAUUUGUGAGGAAGACAAAUGGGAAAAGGUUGUGAGUUGCUCUUUCCUAGAUCUACAGAAGUCACAAACCCCACAUUCAACAGGAAAGAGCGGGGGCCAUGAAUAUCUUCUUUACAAAUGAGACCACCCUGUGUUCUGUAAUCACCUGGAGAUGUCAAGCAUAUAGGGAUAAAAGAUAAAGGCUUGUCAUAGCUACAUUUUGUACUGAGGAAGUGUGCAUGCACACGAAAGCUUAUACCCAGAAUUAAACUUUGUCGGUCUUAAAGGUGCCACUGGAUUCAAACUUUGUUCUGUCUUAUACUAGUGUCACUGAAAAUGCAGAACCAUUGGUCUCUUUAUAGCAGCUCUUGCAAUACUUAACCAUUUUCACGUUUCCAGUUCAGGCGACACCUUUGCAGUCAUUUUCUUCCAGUGACACGUUUUGUACACCCUCCAAAAGUACCUUUGCAAUUAUAUUCUAACUUGUGAAAAGAGUUGAUAAUAUUUGUUCAUAGAACAUGGGAAUGAUGGAAAUGACAGCAUAUUAAACAUGGAAAUGUUUUUGUUAGUAUAACCUUUCCGCCACAAGAUAGAGCUGUUUGCUGUAACAAAAUCAGGCUUGCAAAAGGAAACCAUUAAAAUGUACAGUGAGGUUUGAUGCAGUUGUAUGUGUAUACUUCAAAACAGUGGCCUCACUGUUGGAGCCUGAAAUAUUUCUUGGGCAACUGUCUUUUGGCAGUUCAAAUUAUAUAAAAUAGACAUUCUCUUCUCUCUCACCCCCCCC